CACGCAGGACGCCAUCUGGCUCAAGACAUCUGUUUGUGUCGGGCGUCUAGAAGGAUCUUCCUCAUCUGCCUGCAUCGUUUCAGCAGUCUUAAUCUGCAUUGGAUACAUCAGAAUCCUUUCUCCUUCUUAUUUAUUCUGCAAUACGGCACUACAGGUGACGUGAGUGUAUCGUCUGGAUUAAGAGGCCAGGGAAACUUCACCAUCAUCAUCAUCAUCAUCACCUCUUGUAAGAGACUACAACUAUUGUCACGGUUUGUCUUUGGUGGACGCAUCAGUUCUCUUCCUUCUCAGGAGUACAUUAUGUUCUCAACUACAUUUGGCUGUCAUUGUCAUAGAGGCGAACAAAAUAACUAAUCAUCCGAUAUCUGUCUCCAAUUAUUGUCGAGUGUCGUGAUCUAGGAAGGAUGUAGGAACCAGCGAUGGUGGUCCCAAAGGUGGUUCGCAGCUGGUGCAAAGUUUCUGUGGCUGGAGGGAUACUUAUUUACGCUAUAAUUCUGAUCCAUCUACACUUCGAGUUAACGCCACGACAUGGCAGAGUUAGCGAUCACGUGACAGCGAAGACACGAGCCCGCCAAUUGAUAAUUCUGUCCCAUCCCAGGAGUGGGUCGUCCUUGACCGGGGAUAUAUUACAACAUGCUACUCAGUCGUUCUAUGUGUUUGAGCCGCUCCACGCCCUGGAGAAUAUGUUGUUCCAGAAUAUCACAUCAAUGAGGCUACUCAACGGAAAUACGGUACGGAUAGCCCACACCAACUUUAUCUCGAGGUCUUUGGAGAUUCUGGAGGCCUACAUGACUUGUAACUUCAGGUCUCUACACUACAGGUUUCUCAUUGAUGGGCUACACUUAAUGAGCCACAAACACAUCCCCUUCCUAACCUGCGUAGACAAGGUUUCCAAGAGUACUACCAACACAGAACACUGUGUGAAUACGUGUCUGGCACUACUGGAAACAGCGUGUCAGACCUCCAGUUUUAUAGUGAUAAAGACAGUCAGGAUGGCUAUGGCGGACUUGGUCAGCCUAAUGGUCAGAUACUCUACUUUACAUCUUCUUCACUUGGUAAGGGACCCGCGGGCAGUGCUGUACUCAAAAAGUAAAUUCGGCGUCGCCCUUGGUAUAAACACACAUAUAAAGGCUAAAGCCGAGUGUGACUCUCUACUUCGCGACAUAAACAACACAAUGAUAUAUAGGGAACGCUUCCCCUCCAGAGUGGAAACUUUAUAUUACGAGACUUUGGCGGCCCGGCCAUUGGAGACUUCCGAGGCGUUAUACAAACAAUACGGGUUGAUAUUCACAGAGGAAAUUCGAUAUCACAUCUACACUGUCACCAGUGCCGGACGUGAAUCAAAGUGUUCAUCAUUUAACGGGUUGUGUCUGGAAAGUAGCAAUUCCUCCAAAAAUUCCAACCUGUGGAAAAGACAACUAAGCCGAAAGAUGAUCGCCAUCAUAGACCGGAGUUGUAACACUUUGUACACAGAGACUAACUAUUUCUAUAAUCGUAUGUCAGUAAGGAGAAACUAAUUAGAAAUGUUUGUUAAUGUCUUAAUUUAAACAUUUCAGUAUAAAUUGCAUUUUCUGCUCUAAAUGUUUGCGUGACAAUAAAUAGAAAUGUGUGCAAUAUCGAGUGUUACGACAUGUAUUGCACGGGAGAUAACUCUAACUUUUACUUUGUCUCAAUGAAGAGCGUUUGAUUUUCAGCUUAGUCAAAUUCACAGAUUGGAUUUUUUUCUUCAUAUAAAUCUUGAUCGGAGGGCAUUUAAUUAUAUUUAGUUAUCAUUUCUAUGUUUACAUACAUUUUUUUGUAACUCUAUAAAUCGUUAUUUGUUUUCAAAAUGUUUCGUUUAUUAAGAUAGCUUGACAUUUGGAUUUACAUGUAUGCGCAAAACAUCAUUGGCUCCCAUAUUAUUUUAAUUUUUCACUGUUAAGACUUUUGUAGAAGAAAUCAAAUCUACAAUAAUAUCACAAAUGACAACAAAACAAGACCUUUAUUAGAAAGUGAUUGAAUUCAUAAUGCUCCCUGAGUUAUAUUGAUUAUCCGCAAUAACUUGACAAGCUUUAUCUCCUGUGUCAUCUCAGCACGUGGUGUACAUGUAAAAUUGUUCUCAAAAUAGAACGCAUUCAUCAUAAUGUAUUAGUUGUUUAUGGAUUAAAUUGAAAAUAUGUUUAUGGUGUCAUGUUGAUGUUAUGGAGUCAUAGUGCAAAAUAUAUGGAAUGCAAAACUCUUUAUAAACUGCGAAGCGAUGAUGAUGGAAUUAUACACUGGCUUUUGCGUGUUAUGCCUCCAUAAAUCCAUAUGAUGUAAUCAAUUGUACACAAUCCUUCUGGACAGCUUCCUUUAUUGAUGGCCUUUUUUUCUCUGAGAAAUACUUUCGUCACUGUAUUAGCCAAUCAGAACCGCCGUUACAAAAAGCGACGCCAUUUUUUUUACGUUAUGAGAUGUUAACAUAAUUCGUUAAGGCAGAGGAUAUUAUGACUUGCCGCGUGUAAACACAUUAACACAAUGCGUUAUCGAGUGUUUUGCUGUGUUCCAAAUGAUAUACGUAUCCUUAAACUACAUUGGUUGAAGAACAAAUGUUGUUUUUCUUUGUUUUUCUUUUUAUAGCUUUGUUUCAUUUGUCCUUGGAGUGUUUGUACUUGGGUGUCUUUUGUUUAACCCUUUAAGACUGCAGAUAGUUGACGCCUCUGUAGGACUUCAGUCCCCGAUAAUUGUAGCAAAGUUACGUUUGACACAAUUUGAAUAAUGAUACCGUUCAGAAUAUAUACAUGCAUUCAAUAAAAGGGCAAUUGCAGCACCCCAUCCAGAUUUUUGACAUUUCCUUCGUCCUGUUUCGAGUUUCUUCCGUCGCCCGUCGAUAAUGUAUGCCCCUUCCAUCAUAGACGUUUCAUGAAGGGAAGAAACAGCUAUAUGAUGUCACCAACAUCACAGACGAGUCCUGGAGGGAAGAAACAGCUAUAUGAUGUCCCCAUCAUCACAGACGAGUCAUGGAAGGAAGAAACAACUAUAUGAUGUCCCCAUCAUCACAGACGAGUCAUGGAAGGAAGAAACAGCUAUAUGAUGUCCCCAUCAUCACAGACGAGUCAUGGAAGGAAGAAACAACUAUAUGAUGUCCCUAACAACACUUUAAAGUUUUAAAUGGCUGAAACAGAUGUGUGAUGGUAUUAAGUUUAUUUUGGUCUCUACUGGAUAUAACUCUCAGUUUGUACUGGAACAUGGCAAUGACUUUUAUAUCUUUUUUCACACUAAUUCACUGGCUAACCGUGCCGUAUCGUUCGUGAUUGACAUGGAUGACAAUGUUUCGUAAGUGUUAAAGUUUAGUUAGGAAAUGUCCGUUUUUCUACGGUUCGUAUUAUGAGUAUUUUAUCGUAAGCUACGUGUAUUACAAUGUACACCUUUAAUUGUUGGUGUAUGAAAUUGAUUUGAAGCGGUCUCAAUUGCAGUAAGAGUUGUCUGCCUUCUGACACUAUGUACACACAUGUUCUGCCUGCAUGUUAAAUUCGGUAAAUCGUCAGACUUAAACGUCUUGAUAUCUAAAACAAUGGUUAUUUGGUACGUGAAAUCAGUUAAAGCAAUACAAUGUAGAAGUGUUGGUCUAAGUUACCGGUAGGGAGUGCUCACAUGGUUUACUGACCAAUCUUUCUCUUCAGAGAAAAAGUCCAAGUCAAGAUCGAAAAUGAUAUGUUUGUUUAAAUCAUUUUCUUCAAAUAAAUACUAAUAACAAAUGAUCCGAUGAUCCAAUGAUCACUUCGGUUGUUUAUUUUUGCAAGGUUAUUUUUUCAAAGGCAGAUCCUCGCAUAACCAUAGUAGCAAUCGACUGUGUUAUCCAAUAUUAUAUGUUUUGUUGUGUUAUGAUUAUCUAGCGCUGUAGUGAUGCCGAAAAGUGAUUUGAUUGUUUUUAUUACAUUAGUUUUUCGUUGUUUUGAUAUUUUUUUUUAUUCCCAAUGUUUUCAAUUUUCGUUUUGUUAAUAUGAAAUAUAGAAAAAAAAACAUGUGUUACAUCUUUGUUAUAUUCAGAUUCGAGGGGUACUGAUAAUGAUUUUCAUUUCAUUCUGGGAUUUGGUGACAGUUAUUAAGUGAAUUUGUGAUUUUGAUUUAAAAUGUGUUCACCGGAUUUUAUCUUAUUGAAGGUUAACACACAACCAGCCCCAAAAAUCUGUAUCACUGUUUGCUCUUUGUUAAAAUAUCAUUAAAAUAAUAUUAUUGAAUUUGAUUUACAAUAGAUGGCGUUAAGGCUGCUAUAGAUCAGAGCGUUUUAUGAUUGAUACAUAUGACUGAAUGACGGUUACUGUUGAUCUGUCUGUAGAUCGAGGGACUAUUCAGAUGGCAAAUUAAUAAAAACAGAGGUCAAGUC